AUGGAGCGGCGGCGCGCGCCCGCCGCCAACCGCCGAUACCGGCAGCGCCGCUUCUGGGACGCGCUGUACCGGCAGGAGGGCGCCGAGCCCCGCGAGUGGCUGGGGGGGCUGUCCCGCUUCCUGCCGCAGCUGCGGGCCGAGCUGCGCCCCGGGGACCGCAUCCUCGUCCUCGGCUGCGGCAACAGCGCCCUGAGCCACGACCUGCACGAGCUGGGCUACACCGACGUGACCAGCAUCGACUUCUCGGGCGCCUGCAUCGCGGCGCAGCGCGCCCGCUACGCACACUGCCCCGGCCUGCGCUGGGCACGCAUGGACAUGCGCGCCCUCGCCUUCCCCGACGCCGCCUUCGACGUGGUGCUGGAGAAGGGAACCCUCGAUGUCCUCAUGGUGGAGGAGACCGACCCCUGGCACGUCUCGCCCCGCGCGGCUGCCGAGAUGCGCCGGGUGCUGAUGGAGGUGAGCCGGGUGCUGCGCCCUGGGGGCCGCUUCAUCUCCAUCACGUUUGCGCAGCCCCACUUCCGCAAGCCCCACUACGCGCAGGAGGCGUUCGGCUGGUCCCUGCGCCACGCUGCCUGCGCGGGCCCCGACGCCGGCACCUUCCACUAUUUCCUCUACGUCAUGCACAAGGGGCAGCCCCUGGACCCCCCCGACCUGGCCCUGGGGCUCCGGCUGCUGCAGCCUCCCCCACCCCCCGCCCCGCCGCCGCCUGCCGCCCCCCUGGAUGACGACGAGGACUAUCUCUUUGCCAUCCAGCUGUGACCCGGGGGGGGGGCUUCCCCAUCCUCCCCCCACCCAAUAAAGCCUUAAGCUGCUCCACCCUCACAGGUUGGGGCUGGAGAACCAGCGCAUCCCCCUACAAGCAGCCUGGUGAUGUGAGUGAGAAGAGGCGAGGGAAGGGGGUUGGGGGGUGCUUGGCCUCGUCCUGAGGGGCAGUGGGUGCUUCUGUGCUCCCUCCCAGCCCCACAUUCGCAUGGGCUCUGGGCUCUGCGGCCAGCAAGGAAACCAAGGCAGGUUUAAUUCCACCUGUCCC